AUGCCCCACAACAAAGGAAAAAUGGUCAGAAAGAUGGACAGGGUUGCAAAGAAUCUCAGUCGCCUUGAGACUGAGCUUCGUCAUGUACAACGAAACGAUAAUCGUGGAAGGCUCGGCCCCACUGGGCAUGCGAAGAAGCUGAUUGACAAACCCAAGGGUCAGGCAGGGAGGUCAGAGCUAAAAGGAGGGUAUAAUCUUCAACAAGCAAUGGGAUUGGCUGGUGACAACCGGAAAUAUAACACGUUUAGAAUGAUUGCACAGCGAUAUACGAAUCGAUACCUCGAUACGGAGAAAAACUCUCAAAGAGCAGGACAAACUCACCGUCACACUCCUUUUAUCAUAUAUGACUCAGAUCUCAGUGACGGGGCACUUGACGACAUGCUUAAUGAUGAUGAGAAUACUUCAACUCCAACUUCCCGACAAAAACGACACCGGCGCAUACAUGAUUCGGAUGAUUCAGAGACUGACGAGGGACCUUUCAAUUACACUACUAAUACUCAAAGCUACUGUGACUUGCAGGUGUCUAUUCCUGCUCGUGCAAAGCCAGCUCCAGCACCUCGCACACAGCCAGCUCCAGUACCUCGCACAAAGCCAGCUCUGAAGUCAAGGAUGACCCAGGCUCCUUCUCGCCAUCUAGACCUGCUGCUGCCCACUCCAACCCGUCCAGACCCACCACCUGCCACCAAGUUGAAGCCAAUAUCCUCAUCAGACACACGCACCACGAAGGUUGCAACAGAAGCUCCAUCAACUACCAAGCCGAAAGCAAAACCUGUCACGGUGCCUAUUCCUCACAGCACUCGUGCCAAGACCAAGCCUAAACCAACUGAAGCCUCUGCGGCACAUCUCAAGAUUGACACUGCCGUCAAUGAUGAUGAUGACACUUACGAGUUUGCUGACCUCCCCUUGGUCUGUCCGAACGACAACUGCAGGGAUCUUGUGCCGGCAGACCCCAAUAUUGAGCUGGGUCUACGGCUGGAGCUCGAGAUAUGUGCAGCACUUCGACAACUGCGCAAAGAAAAGCUCAAUAUUCAACGCGCCAAAGCACGAGGAUGGCCAACUAUCAUCACCUGGGAGACCGUCUCAGAUCGAGUCCUCCAAAUGGAGGCUGAGUUGAAUCUCAUGAUUCACGAUAAGAACACGAGGCGCUACAGUUUUUUCAACGACAUGUUUCUUGAAGAUCUUUCUUCCACAGGUCUGCAAAGUGACUCCGCCAAACGAGAAUUUUCCAAGCUGGCCAUCACUAGCAGACAGCGCAUACCGGCAAUGGUUACAAAUCACGCUCGUCCUGGAUACUACGGGGAGAAAGGAAAAGCGAUAAUCCAGUCCGCGAUAUUUUCCAUGUUCGACCAUGAACAGAUUUCCAAUGAGGCCUUCGCUCCCCUUGACUUCAAGGACCUUGAAUGCAGUCUAGAAGAGGCAUACGAAGAGAUGAUUGCUAGCGCUGAUUCAGGUGUUUCUUUGCAUCCAGAGACCGAAGAAGACUCACGCAUUGAAAGAAUUACACGCCAACACUGUGUAAUGGCUGCCGAGAAAUGGGUUGAGAAGGUCAAGCACUUCCGCAAGGAGAUGAAUGAUGAAAUCGAGAAGGGAAAGGAGGAACAGAGGAUGCAUGACAAUUUAGCUGCAAAGAUUGCUGCCAAGCAGCGCGCACGCAAAGUGCCUGUUGCUUCCAAAUCGCAAUCAACAGCGGGUCCUUCAAAAUUUCCUGGAUCAUAUGAUGAUGCAGCAUAUGAAGAUGACGACGAAUCAGAGCUCUCUGAAUUGCCCGAGAGCAUCCAGCAAGGCGAAGGUCACGCAGAUGAGCUAUCCACCCCCACCGGGUCUUCAUCUGCUCUUCGGUCCUUCAUCUUCGGCCCUUCAUCUCUGCUCUUCGUCUCUGUUCUUCAAAGUGGUCCUUUGUCUCUGCUCUUGGGUCCUGCGUCUCCGGCUCUUCGUCUUCGGCCCUUUGUCUCUGCUAUUGGGUCCUUCGUCUUCGGCUCUUCGUCUUUGGCUCUUCGUCUUCGGCCCUUUGUCUCUGCUCGCCAUUUCGAGCUCACUGAUCAAUUGCAACUGCUGUACUUUGCUUCGUGUCUUUCUGUUUAUGCAUUAGAUGUCUAUUUGUAUUUGCCUGUACCGUAUUAG